UGUGCUGAGAGGACACGAGGAAGCUUCCUCCUUCCCAGGGACAAAGUCCCCCCGGCACCGGCGGUUGGUGGACAACAGGCAGGGGCUCGAGACACCAGCUAGCCGGGGCGGGGCUGGCCCCCGCGGGACCGCUCACCCUCCCUGCAUCCCUGGAGUGGGAAGGGGCCUGACUCCAGAAAGAGGCGCCCGUGAGCGAGGGGGCCGGACUCAGCUGGGGAGAGAGCCGGGUGGGCUCGGGCGCCGGGCUGAGCAGCAGUGUGGCCUGGGGUGAGCCCUCCCACCCCCUCCCACUUGCAGAAGAAGUCAAUGACACCUGUGACUGUGACCGUUGCUGGUCACCUCUGGGGCUGCGCCACUUGGGAUCUCUGCCAAGCCCUGAACUGGAUGAUCUCGGGGGUUGCUGCCCUCCCCGCCCACCUGGCGCAAAGAGCUUCCUUCUGGCCAUGUGACCGUGGCAGGACAGGCACGAGAAGGCCUGCAGAGAUGAGGGCAGACUUCCUGAGGGGUCUCCAGGCCAGCCGGCCAGCAUGCCAGCAUCCUGCCUGCCGCAGGCAGCCAGCAUGCAGCAUCCUGUCAUGUCUCUCAGACGUCCACGUGCGGGAGCCCAGCUCUGGGGGCCAGCUGCCCAGCCCCGCUCACUGCCGGGUAAUGGUGGGGCCUGGAAGAGGCAGGCACCCAGGGCUGCGACAGUACCCCUGGGGGGCCCUGGCUCCUGGGUAAACAUUAAUGGGCUCAGUACACAGCAGGUCAUGUGUGCACCCAGCCGAUCUUUGACCUGCAGCUGCUCUCAGCCCGUGUCUCCUCCCCGAAGGUGCCCCUCACUGCCCACACAGGAGACGCCCCGGAGUCCUGACCACUUCCGGCUACACCCUAGCACCAGGGUCACCCACCAGCCCUCCUUCCAGCCAGAAUCAGCGGCGAGCCAGGGCUCCCUCCACCCUGUCCCCUUAAACUGGACUGCGCUCACCUGACAGCCACCUGGGGUCACUUUAGCCAUCCCCCUGCGGACGGAGGAAGGGGGAGACCACCGAGGCCAACAGCAGAUCUGGGUUUGGGCCUGGGUCUGUUCCUGCCUGAAAUCCAUGCCGCAUCCCCUCACUGGUGGCCCGGCCCCUCCUGCCCCUCUGGACACAGUUGGCCUGGUGGACCAGAGGCUGGGAAAUGCAGGGAUCUCUGGUUCUGCCUCCAUCCUGGAAGACAGAGACAUGGACCCCUGGGCCCUCCCUCAGCUGAAAGACACCAGCCAGUCCUGGAAAGAGCUCAGCGCGGCUGGCAGGGCGCUGCGGGUGCUGGUCGGCUUCCUCAAGGCCUGCGGGCUCCUGGGCGGACUCUACCUCUUCAUCUGCUCCCUGGACAUCCUCAGCUCCGCCUUCCAGCUGCUAAGCAGCAAAGUAACCGGAGACAUCUUCAAGGACAACAUGGUGCUGUCCAACCCCCUGGCUGGACUGGUCAUUGGUGUGCUGGUCACAGUCCUGGUGCAGAGCUCCAGCACGUCCUCCUCCAUCGUGGUCAGCAUGGUGGCCUCCAAGCUGCUGACCGUCCGGGCCUCUGUGCCCAUCAUCAUGGGUGUCAACGUGGGCACAUCCUUCACCAGCACCCUGGUCUCGAUGGCACAGUCGGGCGACCGGGACGAGUUUCGGAGGGCCUUCGGCGGCUCAGCCGUGCAUGGCAUCUUCAACUGGCUCACGGCGCUGGUCCUGCUGCCGCUGGAGAGUGCCGCAGCGCCCCUGGAGAGGCUCAGUGUGCUGAUCCUGGGCGCUGCCAGCCCGCAGCCCGGGCGGCAUGCACCCGACAUCCUCAAGGUGCUGACCCGGCCGCUCACACACCUCAUCGUGCAGCUGGACGCUGAUGUCCUUACGGGCAGCGCCACGGGCAACACCACCAACCGGAGCCUUAUCAAGCGAUGGUGUGGCACCAGGGAGCAGACGACCGCGGCGAACAGCAGCCACUGCGGAGGGGUGGCAGGGGGCCCCUGCCCUGGGAAGAGCGGCUCUGCGUCUGAGGAACCCUUGCCCUGCGGCCACCUGUUCGCAGGCACGGCGCUCACGGACCUGGCCGUGGGCCUCAUCCUGCUGGCCGCCUCCCUGCUCCUGCUCUGCUCCUGCCUCGUCCUCAUCGUCAAGCUGCUCAACUCCACUCUGCGGGGCCGCGUCGCCCAGGCCGUGAGGACCGUCAUCAAUGCCGACUUCCCCCGCCCGUUUGGCUGGCUCAGCGGCUACCUGGCCAUCCUCGUGGGCGCCGGCCUGACCUUCGUGCUCCAGAGCAGCAGCGUCUUCACCUCGGCCAUCGUGCCACUCGUAGGGGUCGGGGUGAUCAGCCUGGAGCGAGCGUACCCUCUCUUCCUGGGCUCCAACACUGGCACCACCACCACGGCCCUGCUGGCGGCUCUGGCCAGCCCCUCGGACAGGCUGCUCAGCGCCGUCCAGGUCGCGCUCAUCCACUUUUUCUUCAACCUGGUGGGCAUCCUGCUGUGGUACGUCGUGCCCAUCCUCCGGCUGCCCAUUCCGCUGGCCAAGCACUUUGGAAACCUGACCGCCAGCUACCGCUGGGUGGCCAUCGCCUACCUGCUGCUCUGCUUCCUGCUGCUGCCGCUGGCCGCCUUCGGGCUCUCCCUGGCGGGGGUCGCAGUGCUGGCUGCGGUCGGCGGGCCCCUGGUAGCGCUGGUGCUCCUUGUCGCCCUGGUCACCGUUCUGCAGCGGCACCGGCCGGCCUGGCUGCCCCGCCGCCUGCGCUCCUGGGCCUGGCUGCCCCCCUGGCUCCGCUCUCUGGAGCCCUGGGACCGCCUGGUGAGAUGCUGCUGCCCCUGCCAGGCUUGCAGCCCCUCUCAGGCUGCAUCCAAGGAGGCCCACUGCUAUGAGAACCCCCAGGUUCUGGCCUCCCAGCAGUUGUGA